AUUUUUACAAGUUUAGGAGAAAAUCUGCGUGACAGGGUGAAACCCGCUUCACACCAUUCGUAGACGGUAGACCUGUCGAGAUGCUUCGGAAUUGGGAUGAACAGAACUAAGUAGAUACUUAUUACAAGUGAUUUUUUCCCAAGCAAGGGGAUAGUGGCACGACUCCAAUGGAUAGUCGCAGUACUGAAAAUGCUUUUCGCAAACUUUUUGCUCGCUGGAACAAAGUUACCGGCUCAAACUUGUAGAUGCUUGACCCCACUUGCCUGCAGAUAGCCAGACACUAGAAAAGCUGCUACCCUGGAACUGUGUCUAUAUGGAGUAAUGACUAUGAAGGGUCAAGUUGAGGUACUAUACUUAUGAUAAGUCUGAAAGCAUUGAUCACCCUCUUGGUAUUUCAUGGCUUGUUUCCCUGUCGCACUGUUGAACUCCUUUUCAUGGACUGCCAGACUAUAUUACCCACAUCGCUUAUACCCAAACCAGCCCAAUCACACUCGUGCUAUCUGUACUAAUAGGAUGGUUCAAUCCACGUGUCAGCCCACACUGCUCAGAGCUUCACUGAGCUCUUCCAAUAUUGAGAUUGAAACGGCAAAAAGGAAAACUGUUUCCACGCUCCAAGAACUCUGCCAAGGCCAUGUGCCUGAACACAUCAUACACAGAAAAUUGCAGAAUGGAAGAGGUUGGGUAUGUUGAGCCAACCGAAGUGCAGAAGGAAGCAUUGCCCAUUCUCUUUGCUGGCUGUGAUUGUGUGCUUCAAGCGCAGACAGGUUCUGGUAAAACGUUGGCUUACCUACUGCGAAUAUUCUCUGCCAUCAACACUCAAAGGUCUGCAAUACAGGCUCUGAUUGUGGUUCCCACUAGGGAGCUUGGUAUCCAGGUUACAAAAGUUGCCAGGCUGCUGGCCACAAAGCCAGAAGAACUAAACUGUGAUCAAAAGUGGUUUACUAUUAUGGCUCUUUUGGAUGGAGGAAGCUUGAGGCGACAUGAGAGUUGGUUAAAAGCAGAGCCUCCUACAAUUGUGAUUGCAACUUUGGGAAGUCUAACUCAAAUGCUUGAGAGGCAUGUAUUAACGUUAAAUGCUAUGCAUGUUCUUGUAGUUGAUGAGUUAUCUGUUUAAGGUUGACUUCAUGUUCAAUUCCUCAAAACAUGUAACUGCUCUACGGAAGCUUUUGACAUCAUACUCUAGUAGCACAUAUCGUCAAACAAUCUUUGCUAGUGCGACAAUUCCUCAACAUAGGCGAUUUUUAUAUGAUGCUGUACAACAGAAAUGGACAAAGGCAGGCGUGGUUCAUAUAUAUCUGAAUCCAGUUAUGCCAAUGUCGUCCUGUCUGCAUCAUAGAUUUCUGGUAUGCAGUAAAGGUGAAAGGUAUGAGGCAUUGCUUUCCCUUUUAAAGUCAGAUGAACCUCAUUCAGCAAUUGUCUUUGUUGGUGUGCAAUCUGAGAAGUCGAAAAAAGCGGGAAAUGCCUCUCCAACUCAUUUGGUCAGUUUUUUAGAAAGUUCUUUGACGGGGUUUUCUAAAAUCAGUCUACUGGAGGAAGACAUGAAUUUCAAUCAACGAGCAGCAUCCUUGAUUGAACUGCGACAAGGAGGUGGUUAUCUUUUAGUGGCAACAGAUAUAGCAGCCAGAGGUGUCGAUCUACCAGAGACAACUCAUAUAUAUAAUUUUGAUCUGCCAAAGGAUGCAGCAAGUUACCUUCAUCGAGCUGGAAGGACUUGCAGGAAACCUUUUUCAGAUAAUAAGUGCUAUGCUACCAGUAUUAUAACACCAGGGGAACAGUUUGUUUUGCGAAGAUUUGAAAACGAGUUAAUGUUUACUUGUGAACAGCUAUUGUUACACUCAUAAAGUAGUUCAUGCUCAACUGAUAUUGCUUAAGUAAGGCUUUUAAGGGAUGCUGAUCGUGCAUAUCAUCAGUUAUCAAGUCAGUUUUUUGUUCCAGCCGUGUAAUCAAAUACUCCGUAUGACCAUAUGAAAAUGUCAUGAAAUUAUACUCUCAUUUUACCUGUACAUUCC